GAAGCAGUAACUGUAGCAGGUCACAUAGUUCGGGAACACAAAAUUGUUGUUCCAUUGCAUUUUGAAGGCACCCGAAGUGGUUAAGACAUCGUUUUCGGUUGGAAGUUUUCCUUGCCUUUGGUAAAAUCAAAAUGGAUCGGUUCACACCCUUCUUUUUGCUUGUCAUACUGUUCAGCUCAAACCUUUUGGUACGGGCAGAUGGUGAUGAAGAAGAUGAAGGAGAUAAAAAGAAGUCAGAAGUUGGCACUGUAAUUGGCAUUGAUCUUGGAACAACAUACUCUUGUGUUGGUGUUUUCAAAAAUGGCAGAGUUGACAUCAUUGCAAACGACCAGGGAAAUCGUAUCACACCAUCGUAUGUUGCCUUUACCGCUGAUGGUGAACGUCUGAUCGGAGACGCUGCCAAGAAUCAGUUGACAUCCAAUCCUGAGAACACAAUUUUUGAUGUGAAACGUUUGAUUGGGCGCACUUUUGAUGACAAGUCUGUUCAGCAUGAUAUCAAGUUUUACCCUUUCAAGGUCACUAAUGCAAACAACAAACCUCACAUUCAAGCAGCUACUGGUGAGGGUGAUAGAUCUUUUGCCCCAGAGGAAAUUUCGGCUAUGGUCCUUUCCAAAAUGAGAGAUAUUGCUGAGGAGUACUUGGGAAAAAAGAUUACCAAUGCUGUUGUCACUGUCCCAGCCUACUUCAACGAUGCUCAGCGUCAGGCUACCAAGGAUGCCGGAACAAUUGCUGGUCUCAAUGUGAUGAGAAUCAUCAAUGAGCCAACUGCUGCUGCCAUUGCCUAUGGUUUGGACAAGAAAGAGGGAGAAAAGAACAUCUUGGUGUUUGACCUUGGUGGUGGAACUUUUGAUGUGUCUCUGCUCACCAUUGACAAUGGUGUGUUUGAGGUGGUUUCUACAAACGGUGACACUCACUUGGGUGGUGAGGACUUUGAUCAGCGUGUCAUGGAACACUUCAUCAAGCUGUACAAGAAAAAGAAGGGCAAGGACAUCAGGAAGGACAACCGUGCUGUGCAGAAACUGCGUCGUGAGGUUGAGAAGGCAAAGCGUGCUCUCUCUUCUGCCCAUCAAGUCCGUCUGGAGAUUGAGUCUUUCUUCGAUGGCGAGGACUUCUCCGAAUCUCUUACCCGUGCCAAAUUUGAGGAAUUGAACAUGGAUCUGUUCCGUUCUACCAUGAAGCCAGUGAAACAGGUGUUGGAAGAUGCUGACUUGAAGACUGAUGACAUUGAUGAAAUUGUGUUGGUUGGUGGUUCUACUCGUAUCCCUAAGGUCCAACAGCUUGUGAAGGAGUACUUCAAUGGCAAGGAGCCAAGCCGAGGCAUCAACCCCGACGAAGCUGUGGCUUACGGAGCUGCCGUGCAGGCUGGCGUGCUGAGUGGUGAGGAGGACACUGGCGAUCUUGUGUUGUUGGACGUCAACCCUCUGACCAUGGGUAUUGAGACUGUUGGAGGCGUCAUGACCAAGCUCAUUCCCAGGAACACUGUCAUCCCCACCAAGAAGUCCCAGAUCUUCUCCACGGCUGCUGACAACCAACCCACUGUCACCAUUCAGGUUUACGAGGGAGAACGUUCCAUGACAAAGGAUAACCAUCUCCUUGGAAAGUUUGAUCUGACCGGAAUCCCCCCAGCUCCUCGUGGUGUGCCCCAGAUUGAGGUCACUUUCGAAAUUGACGUCAACGGUAUCCUCAAGGUGACAGCAGAAGACAAAGGCACUGGCAGCAAGAACCAAAUUGUCAUCCAAAAUGACCAGAACAGAUUGUCACCAGAGGACAUUGAGCGUAUGAUCAACGAUGCUGAAAAGUAUGCUGAUGAGGAUAAGAAAGUUAAGGAGAAGGUGGAUGCCAAGAACGAGUUGGAAAGCUAUGCCUAUUCUUUGAAGAACCAGAUCGGAGAUAAGGAAAAAUUGGGAGCCAAGUUGAGCGAUGAGGACAAGGAAAAAAUCACAGAGGCUGUCGAUGAGGCCAUUAAGUGGUUGGAGAGCAACGCAGAGGCAGAAUCUGAGGCUUUCAAUGAGAAGAAAACAGAAUUGGAAGGUAUUGUGCAGCCUAUCAUGACAAAACUGUAUGAACAGUCCGGCGGUGCCCCACCACCAUCAGGAGAAGAGGAAUCGGAGGAUGCCGAGAAGGACGAGUUAUGAGUGUUCCUGUUAGUUAUUAGCAUUUAUCAUCUGUAUUUCUCGCUUCAGUACGUCCAAGAUCCUUUAUUUGGCACAAAAAAAAAGACAAACUUUUUUCUGGGAUCUCUUUUAUUCAACUUAGCUGAAAAAGAUAAACUUUUGUUUGGUUUGAGUCAAAGAUACUGCUGAAUUCUGUGUCAGUGACCUGGUGGGGGAUGAACUGAUUCACGAACUUUCCAUAGAUCAAAUUAUGGACUCAUUUCCAUUGUCAGAAGUAUUGUUUACUAUACAAAUCCUGUUGUUACUUUAUCGGUAUGAAGUAUGAAUGGCCGUGAGUGAUUGCAUGGUGGGUGUUUCAGUGACCAUUGG